AAUGAAGAGGAAGUUUUAUUCCUGGGAGGAAUGCAUGAACCUUCGAGAGGUUAAGUCCUUGAAGAAAUUAAACCAUGCCAAUAUAGUAAAGCUGAAAGAAGUUAUAAGGGAAAAUGAUCAUCUGUAUUUUGUGUUUGAAUACAUGAAGGAAAACCUAUAUCAGUUAAUGAAAGAAAGAAACAAACUGUUCCCUGAGUCCACAGUCAGGAAUAUUAUGUAUCAGAUCCUACAAGGGCUUGCAUUUGUCCAUAAGCAUGGGUUCUUUCACAGAGACUUGAAACCUGAAAACCUGCUUUGCAUGGGGCCAGAACUUGUGAAAAUAGCAGACUUUGGCUUAGCCCGAGAAAUCCGAUCUAGGCCUCCUUACACUGAUUAUGUAUCCACAAGAUGGUACAGAGCUCCUGAAGUCCUUCUGAGAUCCACCAGCUACAGUUCUCCAAUAGAUAUCUGGGCUGUUGGUUGCAUCAUGGCAGAAGUUUACACACUUAGGCCUCUCUUCCCAGGUGCCAGUGAGAUUGAUACUAUCUUCAAAAUCUGCCAAGUCUUGGGCACACCAAAGAAGAACGACUGGCCUGAAGGUUACCAUCUUUCAGCUUGCAUGAGUUUUCGCUGGCCUCAGUGUGUACCCAACAACCUAAAAACUCUCAUCCCCAAUGCCAGCAGUGAAGGAGUGCAGCUCAUGAGAGACAUGCUGCAGUGGGACCCCAAAAAGCGGCCAACAGCCAGCCAGGCACUUCGAUAUCCAUACUUCCAGGUUGGACAUGCCCUGGGCAUUCAGGAACUGGGAAAACAAAAGGAACUGCAGAAUAAAUCGUCUCUGCACAUUAAGCCUGUCCCUCCAGCUCUUCCAAAACCUCAUGCCCACGUUCCCUCAAGGCCUUUUCAACAAAGCCAGUCAUCUCAGCACUUGGUGUACCCGUAUAAGACAAGCAACUCUGGGGCUGAGCGCAGUAACUACUUACAGGAGGAAAAGUCUAACCAGGUUCUUCUGCCUGCAAUUCACAAUAAGGCUCCUCAGCAGAAAACAUCUGCUGGCUCUGAGAAUAUAAAUGGUGAGCUCAAACCAAAACCUAGGCGAAGAUGGGGACAUCUUGCUAGGACAGUGAAGAGUUCUGAGGACUGGGAUGACUUGGAAGACCUCGAUUUCGGCUCUUCCAUAACGAGAAUAGACUUGAAAAACAAGAGGCAGAAUGAUGAUCCUCUUUUUGGAUUUGAAAGCAUCUUGGACCUGUUUCCUUUGGAUGCUGUAGGCUCUGGCAGCGGCAGCCAAAUUUCCCACUCGACCUUCUCGCGGCAGGACACUCCCACACUGCGAGUUUCUGCAGCAAAGCAGCACUACUUGAGGCACUCUAGGUACCUACCUGGAAUAAGCACAAGGAAUAGCAUAGUGUCCACUUCCAGCCAAGACUCUGCUCCGUCGAACCCCUGGCCUAGUUCUGGUGUGUCUGGGAAAGCUUCUGGUUUGGGAGGAAGUACUAACAGGAUGAAUUCAGGGUCCAUUGGAUCCAGUGGUCUAACUAGUGGUUAUCUCCCUUCAUUUCUGAAGAAGGAAGUAGGCUCUGCUGGGCAGAGGGUUCAGUUAGCACCAGUUGUGGAUUCAUCUUCCA